AGAUAGAACUGAAAGAAUCCAAACACGAGGUUUGAUUUUGAAUAAACUCCAUACAGCCCCAAAUGGCCAAAUGAAACCGAAACACACUCACCAAGGGUCGUUCGACAGCACCUUCGUAAUCCGUCUUCUGGAGGCGUCAUAGUUUGUUGAAUCAAAGCAUAUUGGUUCGCAUUCAUUUGGAUCCUUUUCUAAGAGUAUAUAGAUUGUGGUUUUCAAAUGCUGCAAACCUCUGCCCUAACUAAAUAUCAUCGUUAAUUGCGAUUGCGUCCAAAAACAUUGUUGUUGCAGCAGCAAUUGUGGAUUUUGGACCGCUAUUUUUAAAACCUACAUUUGAUAUUUGUGCAUAUAUAAUGCAGAAUCAGUGUGUGCUCAAAUGCUAAUUCUUGCUCUUAACUUGGACACUUUUUUUUUUCCUUGUUUGUUCCUUUGUAACAGUGAAACAUUUUGUAAAUUAACGUGCUUCCCAAGUAGCUGGACACGAUGUAUUUCCUGUUUUACAGAACCUUUCUUUCAUGCUUUAGCUUCUCAAAUAUAAGAUAGCUAGGAUUUUUGGUAGAAAUUUAUAGUACUUCAAAAGAAUUAUUUGAAUUUUAAUACUGUGGUCUCUAUUUAUGCCAUCUUUUUAUUGUUAAAAGAAUCUCAUUUAUGAAGCUUCAAUUAAUUUUAUCUUUUUCUUUUUCUUUCUUCUGUUUGCAUAGUGGUUUAGGCCCUUUAGGGAGGCAUUGCAGAUCAGUUUCGGCUUACAGAACUGAUAUUAAGUGAUGUAAGCAUAAGCCUCUAGUAUAUAUUCAAGCACUUCCUUAUUGGUUUUUCUUAGUAAUAACAAUUUCAAUCACUUCAACUUUUGUUUGCUGGUAUUUAGUAUGCUGUACAUCGUGUAGGAUAGACCUAUGAAUCUCUGGUCCCAGAAUAUGCAAACAGAAUUAUUCUGUGGUCUUGAAAUUGAGGGUAUUAGGCAGCCUUCCCCUUAAUCAGGAGCGAAAUGGAUAAGAUGUACUAGAUAAUUAUUUUUAAGUCAUCUUUGACUUCUCAUUUAUGGAAUGUUUCUAGAUUUUUGUUGUGCUAGUUGUUAACUUUUGUUAUGUCAAGAUAAAGUUGGAUAAAUUUAUCACCAUUUAUAUAAUAUAAACUUUGAGGUGUGUUUCUUUUCCUUUAUGAUUCCUUGUAUGUAAUUUACUAUCACUGCUGACUUGGUCAAUUUGGUUGUCCUUGUGAAAUGUGAACUCGUAUUUCCUCUCAUAAAUCAAUUUCAGUUUUAAACUUUUUUUUACUUCUAAAAUUGAACUGAACUGAACUGUAAUUUGAUAGUUAAUAUGCUUCUGUUAGGAGGGAAAAGGUAGGUAGUUCAAAUAUUUUGGAGGGUUUAAGUGUGAUAAAUAAAUAAAUAGCAGGAUGCAAGGAAGAAUAUUCAUUCAGAUUUUUUAGUUGUUUUAUUCUGAGCAUUUAGCUCAGUUGUGAAAGGGUAACCCUUGGAGGAGACAUCACUCUGCUGUUCUCAAUAAAACUGUUCAAUUUCAUUGCUUGUAUUAGAAUACGUGAAAAUAUUCAAUAAUAUAUUGAUCAUUUCUAUGUAUUCUUAGAAUUAUUUAGAGUAUCCAAUAAUAUCUAGAUAGCGUGUUAGAAUAUUUUAGGUUCCAUAAACACUACGUUAAAUUGUAACACGUCACAAUGUCAACAGAAUAUUAAUUCAAUUUCAAAGUGUCAUCCCUCAAUACCUAAAACGCCGUAGUCUUAAUGGCUUGUUUCUAUCAAUUUCUCUUUACUCUUUCCUGGGUUUGUAACAACUGUAUGUUGUUGAUUUUAUCAUAUUUGCUUGGAUGGUUAAUAUUCUUGCAAUCAGCUAGAAAUUUUUCCCUAAAUGCAUUUCCAAUCACAUAUUUGUCUUUUGUAGCUCAAUUAUCUUUGUUUAUGAAUACUUACAUGAGGUGUAAUUUUGAGGUUCUAAAUGGUGUACUAGAAGUUUGGUUUUGAUAGGCCAAUGUAUGGGAUAUGGCUUAGUUGUUGUUGUUAUUGUUUUCAAUUAUACAAUGAGAUGUAUUAGAAAUGGAUUGGGUUUAACUCACAGCCAAAGCUAGCCCAGAGGGCAAGGAUUGCCCAAGUCUUAUAAGUAGUAUUCUGGUUUCUAGACAAAGUGUGACAUUUUAACAAGAUGUUUCUUAUUCAUUGUAUAUCCUCUUCAUUUUUCAACAGAUCAAUGUUGCAGACAGCAUCUGCCCCUAGCUUUUGCUUAACCUAUCAUAGGAACCUUAAUUAUCCUUGUUCUUUAACAAAGCCUUUGGUUAAAACGUUAUCUGUUUGCUGUUCGAUACCAAAUGCAAACAUUGGAACUAAAGUGGAAUAUACUCCUUGGCUCAUUGUUGGCUUGGGUAACCCUGGAAACAAAUAUCAUGGCACUAGGCACAAUGUUGGAUUUGAAAUAAUUGAUAGCAUUUCUCAAGCAGAAGGAAUUCCAAUGAACACAAUACAGUCAAAGGCCUUGAUUGGAAUAGGUUCUAUAGGAGAAGUACCGGUUUUGGUGGCAAAGCCCCAAACAUACAUGAAUUUUAGUGGGGAAUCAGUCAGGCCACUUGCUUUGUAUUACCGAAUACCUUUGCGUCAUAUCCUACUAGUUUAUGAUGAAAUGAGCCUUCCAAGUGGUGUUCUAAGGCUUCUGCCUAAAGGUGGACAUGGACAUCACAGUGGAUUGAAAAAUGUGAUGUCUCAUUUGGAUGGUUCCCGUUAUUUUCCUCGACUUUCUAUCGGAAUCGGAAAUCCUCCGGGAAAUAUGGAUGUAAAAGCAUAUCUUCUACAGAAGUUCAGUUCAGUGGAGCGUAAGCAGAUCGAUGCUUCAUUGGAGCAAGGAGUUGAAGCUGUAAGGACCUUAGUGCUCAGUGGGUUUAACCACCAUAUCUCUAGAUUCAAUUUAGAGCAAAAGUACAAGUACCAUAAAGUUUAAUUUCUCUCUUAUGUACCGCCCGUUUUGGGCAUAGAUGAAAUCCAAGGUUACCUUACUGUGUAUGAUAGCAGUCUUACCUAAGAAAACAUUGUC